GUCCGUGCUUUGGCUCAGCCCUGGCGCAGACAUGCUGUGCCGGCUGAGGGGUAGGUGGCUGAGGCCGCUGCCUGUACUGCAGCACGGGGCCCGGGACCGGCCCCUUGCGCCAACCUCAACGGGCGGCAUUAAGCACUCUGCUCUGCCGGUGUGGGCAGUGGCGUCAGUCUCUGCAGUUGGCUCCGGCGGCCCUGGCAGCUGGUACGAGGCCCUGGCCACGUCGGCGCCGGUGCAUGGCACGGAGGAGGUGCUACUCGGCGUGCACACCGCCACGGGUCUGCCCUGGUGGGCCUGCAUCGGUCUCACCACCGUGGCCCUCCGCGGCGCCGUCACGCUACCCCUGGCCGCCUACCAACACUACAUUCUGGCCAAGGUGGAAAAUUUACAGCCAGAAAUAAAAAACAUUGCAAGGCAUCUUAACCAAGAAGUUGCAGUUCGUGCAAAUCAGUUGAGAUGGUCCAAAAGAGUUGCCAGGCUCACUUAUCUAAAGAAUAUGCGGAGGCUUGUUUCAGAGCUGUAUGUUCGGGAUAACUGCCACCCUUUCAAAGCCACUGUUUUGGUCUGGAUUCAGUUUCCAGUGUGGAUCUUCAUGUCUGUUGCUCUCCGGAAUUUUAGCACAGGGGCAACACAUUCAGAAGGUUUUUCUGUUCAGGAACAGUUAGCUACUGAUGGAAUCCUGUGGUUUCCUGACCUCACUGCACUGGAUUCUACUUGGAUUCUGCCUAUCUCUGUUGGUAUCAUCAAUUUAUUAAUAGUGGAGAUUUUUGCUCUGCAAAAAAUUGGAAUGUCUCGUUUUCAGACAUAUAUUACCUACUUUGUUCGUGCGGUAUCAGUAUUGAUGAUUCCAGUUGCUGCAACCCUACCUUCAUCGAUUGUGCUCUACUGGUUAUGUUCCAGCCUCAUGGGCCUUUCACAGAACUUGCUGCUGCGCUCUCCUAGGUUUCGUCAACUUUGCCGAAUACCGUUGACCAAGUCAGAUUCAGACACUCCUUAUAAGGACCUCUUUGCUGCCUUUUACGCCAAGUUCAUUUCAAAAAAAUGACAUGCUUUCCAUUAAUUUUGAAACAAUCGCAAGUGUCACUGUCACAAUAUAUUUAGGUUUAGAAAUUCAGAUUUAAUUUAAUCUCUUUAAAACCAUGAACUGUGUGAAGUACUAUGGGUUAAGAUAUAAUCC